ACGUUUAAAUCUACCGCGUUGAAUGGGACGUUACAUCACAGACUAUGUUCUGUAUUUGUGACAACAAAUUCGUAUAUGAAAAGUAAUUGUCAUAAUUAAGUGAUACAAUAACUAAUAUUAUUUUGUGUUAAGAACACAUAUUUAAUAUUCUAUAAAAAUAGUACACAUCUGUAUUAUAUAUAAAACAUUUAUGAGUUAAAAGUUAUUUAUUCCAGAACAAUGUCUUUUCUUUCGACUUUGCGAUUAUUACAAAUCAGAGAACGCUUUAUAACUCCUGUACAUUAUGCGAUACAAGUAAAACAUUAUGCAGUUGUUGCACCCAAAAAACAAAAAAAGAUGGUAAAAAUUGAAAAGGUUGAACUACCGGUUGAAAAGGAUGUUAAUAAAUUAUUGACCUACGUAUGUGGAACAAACAUUUACAAGGAAGGAGAAGAUGUAACACUGAAGCCUGAUUCUGAAUAUCCUGAUUGGUUAUGGGAAAUUAGAACUGAACCAUACGAACUCUCAGAGUUGGAUCCGAAUACGAAAGUAUAUUGGAGAUAUGUGAGAAGAGCAGCUCUAAGAAGAAAGAAUAGAUACGCAGAGUACUAUGGACUACAUUAAAUUUUAAUUAGAUAUAUUAAAAAGUUAUAAACAUAUUGAUUUUAGAUUACACAUAUGUAGAUACGUAAUAUUAUAUUUAACUAUGGCCAAUCUAUUGAUAAGGAUAUAUUUUGUAUAUUCUGUAUUUUAAUUAAUAAUAUAUCUAUAAUGUUGCUCUUCUUUAACCAA